AUGGCCACCUUCGCCGCCUUCCUGCUGGUCUACGUGAUCGGCGGCCUGACCUUCGUGCCCAUAUGCCUCGCCGCCGCCGUCUACCUCGCCCUGCUCGCCUGUCCGCCGCAUGACGCCCAUGCCGACGACCGCCUCCGCGACGCCCACCCCGACAACUGCCCCCCCGAGCUCAAGGCCCGCCUGGCCGAGCCCGACGUCGCCGCCGGCUACUUUGCCGUCUGCCGCGAGUAUGUCCCCGGCGGCGUCAACGGCAAGCCGCCCGAGCGCACCACCCCCGCCGGCGCCGUCGUCGGCGUCGAGAGCCCCAGCGUCUACCAGAGCAUGUACCGCACCAUCUUCGAGCGCAACCGCGCCCAGGGCCCGAGCAUGGAGGGCGCCAAGAACGGCAAGGCCCAGAAGAAGGCUCGCAACGUCUUCUUCGUCGUCCUCAGGCACGGUCAUCUGAUCCUCUUCGACGACGCCGAGCAGGUCGAGGUGCGCUACGUCAUCUCGCUGGCCCACCGCAUCCUCGACGUCUACGCCGGCGGCGAAGCCAUUCCCGAGGGCGAGCUCUGGAUCAAGCGCAACUGCAUCCGCCUGCGCCGCACCCCCGACGCCGCCGACUCCGAGACCGAGUCCCGCCCCUUCUACCUGUUUUCCGAGAACAGCUCCGAGAAGGAGGACUUCUACUUCGCCCUGCUGCGCAACCAGGAGCGCCAGACCGGCAUGCCCACCUCCCCGCCGCUCCACCCCGACCAGCCACACGUCGUGAAGCUAGUGCAGCAGCUGCAUGCUUCCGAGGAAAACCUGCAGACGCGCUGGAUCAAUGCUCUGGCCGGCAGGGUCUUCCUUGCCCUGUACAAGACGCCCAACGUUGAGGACUUCAUCCGCACCAAGAUUACCAAGAAGAUCUCCCGCGUGGCCAAGCCCGCCUUCAUCCAGAGUAUAACCAUCCAGCGGAUCGCCAUGGGCGACAGUGCCCCCAUGGUCACGAAUCCCAAGCUGCGCGAACUGACUCUCGAUGGAGACCUGACUGUAGAGGCUGACAUCAAGUACAACGGCAACUUCCGCCUCGAAAUCGCCGCCGUGGCCCGCAUUGAUCUCGGUUCACGCUUCAAAGCUCGUUACGUCAAUAUGGUCCUUGCUGGUAUCCUCAAAAGGCUGGAAGGGCACGUCCUAGUCCGCGUGAAGCCUCCGCCAAGCAAUCGUCUUUGGAUCACAUUUGAAUACCCACCAAAGAUGGAAAUGACGAUUGAGCCCAUCGUGAGCUCGCGCCAGAUCACAUAUGGUAUGAUUUUGAGAGCCAUUGAGAAUCGCAUCCGCGAAGUCGUGGUUGAGACGCUUGUUCUGCCUAAUUGGGACGAUAUGCCUUUCUUCGAUACCAUCACUCAGCCUUUGAGGGGCGGCAUCUGGGAAGAUGCCACCAAAGCCCCCGUCCCCUUUGAUGCCGCACGUGAACCUCCCAUGGACGAUGCCUCAAUCGACGACGGUUCGACGUUGCACGAAGAGCCGACUGUUUCGCCCUUUGUACGCAAGGAUGAGAAAACAAUGAGUAUGCCAAACCUGGGCGACUCGGACGUGUCGAGCCUCAAGUCACGGAAGACUGCAAAAUCAGUGAUGUUAGGUAGUGCCGCCAGCGACGCCGCCUCCGCAAGUGGCGUGGAAGUUCGUGCGUCGGCCAGUAUGCCCAGGUCGAUGCGCUCGGGCUCGUUUGCGAGCAUUGCUCGGCCGGUGGUGGCGCAGGAUACAGCAGUCGUCGAAGCGCAGAAGAGUCCUCAGAAGCACCAGCACGAUGCCAUUGCAGCAAUCAAGGAUAUUUCGUCGCGCUCGCUGCCAACCUCUCCCGUCGAAUCUCCCGUGGGUUCACCCGCAGUGCCUGCCGGGCCCCUGACUGAAGCGUCAAUUCGCGGAGGUUUGAAGCAAACCUCGGGGCACAAGACCUCUGACAGUGGAGGAGACGCAGACCACACGUCCGGGCAGAAGGCUCCUGACGAUGGCCGAGAAGUGAAGCCCUCGAUAGCACAUAGGGAGGGAGAGAGUAGCCAAGAGCCGCGGCAACGCGGCCCGUCCUUUGGCAACACCGAAGAAGAUGCGGCCAGCUAUACUGACCUUUUCGGGGAAUUUGUCCAUUCGCACACCGAGCCCAUCUUGCGCCCUGAACCAGCCGCCUUCUCCGCCAAUUCCGAACAGAGCUCACUUUACUCGCAAGCCACAGACUCCACGGCUCAGUCCGAGCUGAGCGCCAAAGGUUCGCUCUCAUCGCGCAAGACGUCACUAUCGGAAAAGCGGCAGAUGCUUAACAUGUCGCUCAACUCGGCCACAACGGCAGCGAAGAAAUGGUUCGCUUCGCGCCAGCAAUCGAACACACCUCACUCUGCGUCUACACCCUCCCAUCCCUCACCUUCUCUGCCCGCAUCAUCUGCAUCAGUCUCCGCUACCGGCACGCCAGCGCGCUCCUCUAGCCCUACUCGUGAUCAACCACACCAGCCAUCUCUGUGGAGUCAAAGUUUGCAUUCGGACACCAAACCUCACCAGCCGCAGGAACACCUCCAGCAAGACCGUGUCCCGAGCACCCCUCUUUCUUCGGUCUCUUCAGCCAAGGCCACGACGCCGUCUUCCGUGUCUCCACCGAAGAAUCCGCACCCCGACAACAACAACAACCGCCAUCCGCCAUCGAGAAGCAGUUCCAUCAGCGUUCCCAUGGGCCGUGGUCAGCCGCUCCCGCCUCCUGGAAUGCCUCUCCCCCCGCCCGCGAAGCCGGAGAACAAGUGGGUGCAGGGUAGCGCGCAGCUGCUGGGGUUGGCUAAAAGGAAGCCCGUGCCUCCGGUUUCGCCUGGAGCGGCGGCUUCGUCUUCGUCGUUCGUUGCGGCGCCUCAAGGUAACGGUAGUACGAACGGAAAUGGAGGCGGCGACGGUGGUCAUGGCUUCGAUGGUGCGGGCCUGGUCGAAACAGACAUCCGGGUCCCGGCUGCGACGGCGGCGCCGGUGGGCAUGCAUGUGGGCAAGGAAGGCGGUGGUGGCGGAGUCGGCGGAGGGGCAGAUCCUGCGCACCCACCGCCGUUCGGUCACGCCCGGACGACGUCGUCAUCGUCUUCAUUAUAUGGAGGCGGCGGCGGCGGGAACACACCAACGCCGACGGCCACCCCGCUCCCUGCCGCCGUCAACGGGUCGAGGGAGAAGGAGAGGGGAGCGGGCAGUCACGCCCAUCCAUCGUCCUCACCGCAACAGCAGCGGAAACAGUCCAGUUCUUCGGCGACGUCGCACCAUUCCGUCUCCGCCGCCUCGGACCCGUCAUCCACACCCCCUCCGCCGCUGCCGCCGAGGAGAAAGGCCAGUGCGACAGCAUCUCCUGGCCGUGGCGGCAGGGCAAACAACGCCGCCGGCAGCAGGCGGAGAACCAGAAAUCAUCUCCAUCAGCACGACGGCGUGGGCGAGGAACACCCGCAGCUCCUCGUCGUCGCUGCACCGCUGGUCGAGAGCGACGCGUCGUCGGCGCCGGUGACGCCGGAGGCGACAAAGCACGAGUUUGGCGGGGAGUUGCCGAAAGGGAAAGGAGUAGUAGUGACUGAGGAGAGGGGAAAGGGCAGCGAUGGCGGUGUCCGUGACGAGGAGAAGGGUGAGCGAGAAGGAGGAGAAGGAGAAGGAGGAGAGGAUGCGGCGGAUGAGGACGAUGAGAACGGGUUGGAAGGGUCGGUGUUUGACCUGGAGCUGGACGACGCCGGUGCCGGCGUGCGUGCCGUCCAGUCUGCGGCCCCGUCGUCACACUUGCCGGCGCCUUUCGUGCCGUCUGAGUCGGCGGCGUCGAAAACGGAGACACCCGCUUCGGAUCCUUCGCGCUUACCGUCUCAACCGUCGUCUCCCCCAGACUCCACGGCGGCGUCGGCGGCCGCUGACACGAAAACGUCGCCGGGGAAGGUGAACGCAAAGGAAAGGGCGGAGACGGAGGCGAAGGAUAGGGAUAAGGGUAACAGGGGGAAGACGAAGGGUAAGGGCUGGUUCACGUCGCCGAGUGCCACGGGGGUCGACCAUUUGCCGGAGCAUAGGCGGUGA